UUAUACAUAGGUAAGCCCAUUUUGCUUACUAGCUCUCUUAUGCAAUUUCAUUUCUCCAAUCCUUUUCCCCCUUAACUGAUACUAUCCUUUCCAUUCCCUCCUACUUAUCCAUAUGCAAGUUCAUUUUGCUCACUAGCUCUCUUAUAAAUCUUUACGAGCAUAUAUUUGUAACUUCUCCCCCAUCUUACCCUUCCAUGGAGUCACAGCACCCAAACAAGACAACCAACCACAAGGCUAAAAAGCCAGAGCUCAGAUGCAGCAAGACUUGUUGCUUCUUCUGCACCGUGAACGAACCAUCCUCAUCUCUCAGAAGAACCUAUAUGGCCAAUUACUUCGAAGAAUUGCCUCACGGAGAUGACCAAGAGAACGUACUCGUGUUAAGCAGCCUCUGGAACACCGCCAUGACUCAGCCUGAUGAUCCGGAAUUUCCCUGCCUUGGCAUCUUUGAAUGCAUGGCUAAAUUUAUAGACAGAGGCAUCAAUGAUGAUGACUGGCUUUCAAGAGACCAAAACAUAUACGUCCCUUACUACGCUGCACAUAUUAUUGGCUCCUACACCAUGAACAAGGCUCAAUUCGCGGAGAUGGCAGUUAAAUCAGGUGUGAUACUGCCAUUAUUGGAGCUUUUGCGAGGAAAAAUCAGUUGGGUGGAGCAAAGAGUCGCCGUUAGAGCCCUCGGCCACCUAGCCAGCCAUCAAAGCACAUUUGAAGCCGUUGCAGCUCAUGAAACAGAGAUAAUAAGCUUGGCUAUGGAGAUAGCAUCAACAUGCCUCGACGUGGUUUACCGUAACUUUGUUGGCGUGAAAGAUACUGAAAGAUUGAAGUACCACUGUGAUCUGCUUACAAGAGGGGUUAGAGAGUUAGAAAUAGAGAACAGAAAAGCUGAGGAAUGGGCUAGUCAACUUCAGUACUGGUCUCUCUUUCUCCUAAACUGCUUUGCAUGUAAAGAGAGAUCAUCCAUCAAUCAGAUCUGCAAACAAGGUUUCUUGAAGGACUUGUGUGGCAUGUGGGGCGGACUAGCAAAUCGUGCCUCCCCGGUUGGAAUUGGGCUGAUUAGAACUCUUUGCAACACCAAGAAGGGAAGAAAAAGCAUCGCGGAUUCAAAACAAGUCCUAGAGAGUUUAUGCAAUCUCUCUAGGUCCUCAGAUGAUUGGCAGUACAAGGCAAUUGAGUGUCUUCUUUUGAUUCUUAAAGACAAUGAUACUAGACACAUAGUGUUGGAUAUUGUAAUCCUGUUUCUUGCUGAUUUGGUUGAGCUCAAAAGUGUUAGCCGAGGAAUGGUAAAAGUUGGAGACAGAAUCACACAAACCAUAUUACAGGAUUAUAGUAAAAUCAAAUACGGAAAACUCCAUAUGAAAAGCAAGAGAGCUCGGAGAGCACUGGAAGAGAUAUGGGAGUUGAAGGUGGAGCGAAGAAAGAGAGAGACAUUGAUGUCAGAACAAGAAGUUGGAGAGAGAAAGACUUUGGCGGGGAUGUUGAAACGAGAAGGAAACCAAAGGUUCUGGUCAGGUGACAUCAAACAAGCUGUUGUCAGGUACACAAAAGCCUUGGACUUGUGUCUGCUAAAGAUGAAAAGAGAAAGGACAGUUCUUUACAGUAAUAGAGCUCAAUGUUAUUUGCUUCUUAAAGAACCAGAAUUGGCCAUUAGUGACACAACCCGAGCUCUGUGUCUAUCUGGUGAAGCGAGUCCUCACAAUAAGAGCCUGUGGCGAAGAUCACAGGCUUAUGACAUGAAAGGGUUGGCUAAAGAAAGCUUGAUGGACUGCUUCAAGUUUAUCAAUGGGCGCAUCAAAUUGGAGGCUGAUAGAAGGAAUACAACGAUCCCAUAUCAUGCUGCACACAUGAUUAACAAGCAGAUGAAUGCCACUUGGAUUUUUGCUGCUGCCAAAUCAAAGACAUAUGGCAAUCACGAAGUCAUACAACAAUCAAAGGGCAAGGAUCAAGUCAACGAUAUAAGUACAAGAAAGACGAUGGAAAAGAAGGAUUUUCUAGGUAUGUCCAACAUGGUAGAGGAAUCCUUGGUGAAGAAGGGACAGAGGUGGAAAAAGCAAGAAAGCCGAGCACAGAGAAGGAAAUGUAAAUGUGUUGGUAUUUUUGCUCGCUGAGACACUCCAAUGAGGGGAAGAGGAACUACGAACUGCUGAGCAUUGAAAAAGGAAAAUGAUUUUGAUACCAAUGAGUUUGGCCAAAAAAGAGAACCAAGUCCCUCACGAGCCUUUCAUGGUUUAACGGAGGCUUGGUUAAACCUUUGAUGGUAUAACCGAGCCCAAGUCCCUCAUGAGCCUUUGAUGGUUUAACCGAGCCUCCGUUAAACCAUCAUAGGCUCACAAGGGACUCGGUUCUCUCUUUCGGCCAAACUCUUCAAUCCAACUAGCAAUACUUUUAAAAAGAGGGUGGGGGCAAAAUUUUGAUUUGACCAAUAUAGACCAUGUGAUGUACGUAUGGGUUCAAUAUCAUGAAGCUCAUUAUGUUUUUAAUGUCUAUGUUCAAAGUCUU